GUGACACUAGUCGGAACUCGCGGGUCACGAGUGCCAGCUCGGCGGCCCGCGAGGGUAGCGGUGGCAUGGCCUCGGAGCGGGAAGUGCGCGCCGGACUGCAGCGCGCCGGCCAGGAGCACCUCCUGCGCUUCUGGGCAGAGCUGGCGCCCGGGCCGCGCGCCGCGCUGCUGGCCGAGCUGGCGCCGCUGGAGCCCGAAGCGCUGCGCGAGCACUGCCGGCGAGCGGCGGCGGCCUGCGCGCUCCCCCCGGGGCCGCCCCCGGACCUGGCCGCGCGCCUGCAGCCUCUGCCCCCCGAGCGCUUGGGCAGCGUGAGCCGCAGCGACCCCGAGACGCGGCGGCGCUGGGAGGAGGAAGGUUUCCGCCAGAUUGCCCUGAAUAAGGUGGCCGUCCUGCUGCUGGCCGGCGGGCAAGGUACUCGCCUGGGUGUGGCCUACCCCAAGGGCAUGUACCGCGUGGGGCUGCCCAGCGGAAAGACGCUGUACCAGCUGCAGGCGGAACGGAUUAGGCGGGUGGAGCAGCUGGCCGGUGAGCGCCGCGGGACCCGCUGCACCGUGCCCUGGUACAUCAUGACCAGUGAGUUUACGCUGGGGCCCACUGCUGAGUUCUUCAAGGAGCACGACUUCUUCCACCUGGACCCUGCCAACGUGGUCAUGUUUGAGCAGCGAAUGCUGCCUGCCGUGACCUUUGACGGCAAGGCCAUCCUGGAGCGGAAAGACAAAGUUGCCAUGGCCCCAGACGGCAACGGCGGCCUGUACUGUGCGCUGGCUGACCACCACAUCCUGGAGGACAUGGAGCGCCGGGGUGUGGAGUUCGUGCACGUGUACUGCGUGGACAACAUACUGGUGCGGCUGGCGGACCCCGCCUUCAUAGGCUUCUGCGUGCUGCGCGGGGCGGACUGUGGCGCCAAGGUGGUGGAAAAGGCAUACCCUGAGGAACCUGUGGGCGUGGUGUGCCAGGUGGACGGCGUCCCCCAGGUGGUGGAGUACAGCGAGAUCAGCCCCGAGACCGCGCGGCUGCGAGCCUCCGACGGGGGCCUGCUCUACGGCGCAGGCAACAUCUGCAACCACUUCUUCACCCGAGGCUUCCUCCAGAUGGUCACCAGGGAGUGUGAGCCCUUGCUGAAGCCACACGUGGCUGUGAAGAAGGUCCCACACGUGGAUGAGGAGGGAAAUCUGGUAAAGCCGCUAAAACCGAACGGGAUAAAGAUGGAGAAGUUUGUGUUCGAUGUGUUCCAGUUUGCUAAGAACUUCGUUGCCUUUGAAGUGCUACGGGAAGAGGAGUUUUCCCCGCUGAAGAACGCCGACCCGGCCGACAGGGAUAGCCCCUGCACCACCCGGCGGGCCCUGCUUGCCCAGCACUACCGGUGGGCCCUGCAGGCCGGGGCCCGCUUCCGGGAUGCACACGGGGCGUGGCUCCCCGAGCUGCCCAGCCCGCCCCUGCACGGAGACCCUCCGGCCGUGUGUGAGAUAUCGCCCUUAGUGUCUUACGCUGGAGAGGGUUUGGAAGUGUACCUGCAAGGCAAAGAGUUCCAGUCCCCACUCAUCCUGGACGAGGACCAGGCCAGGGUGCUUCAGCCGCCGGAGUCCUGACGCACUCCCACACGGCCAGCCCGGCCUGGGGCUCCAGGCACGAAAGCAGGCUGCUGUGCACUUCCAGCCUGCAGGACACAGAAACAUGCUGGGUUACUCCCCAAGGAUGGGGCUGGUCCUGUCACCCCUGGGCAUAAGUGACUGCAGCCUGCUGUGGGGUCCAGCCACCAGGCAGAGGGACUCAGGACCUUGGAGAUGGGGUGAAGGGAGGCUUCACGUGGGGCCCAAUGGAGGUGUGGUGUCAGCUGGGGAGAGCAGGACAGGAUGUCCCUCGGGAAGCCAGCCCUGGCCAGCCUGCAGAUCUACUGUAUUCUCCGCCAAGGGAGAGAAGGUGCUAGCCACGGCCAAGAUGCCCUUCUGCGCACUACAGAGGAAGAAGUGGAACGAGAGGGACAGGUUCCAUUCCCUCAAGGGGCAUGUUCAAAGGGGCCGCCCUUUCCCUGGCAGCUGAACCAGUAACUGGGGCGAGGCAGGGGUGUCACAGCCUGGUCCCCCAAUAGAAGGGCCCCAACUGUCUGCGAUGGAAGUGGCUCUGGGAGAAGCUUGGCUGGGACACUGAGACGGAAGCUAGCACUCCCUGCCUCCCGUUUCUCCCCCAAGCCUCAGCCUCACAGCCACACCCACGGUGGGCUACAGAGUGAUACCUGCUUCUACCAAGAACCAGUGGGAGUUAUACUGGUGGCCUCCUGUGAUGGCUGCUGCUUAAUCUGGGACUUAACUGAGUCAGGAGCACAACCCCUCACCCCACCUACCUAAGUUUCUUACAGAUCUUGGUGCUCAGGCUCCUCCCAAGCUCAUAGGAUGGGGAGGCAGCCUCCAUAUUUGGAGCCCUGGUCCCUUCUCGCAUCCCUGCACUGCUGGGGCAAACCAGCUCGCUGGCCUGGGUCUGUUCCCAUGGCGCUGCUCCUCCAGGGAGCGGUGCCUAUGUUGAUUUGCACCUGCGUUCUCAUUCGAGAAAGGACAGCAGCACCUACCUCGCCCCACUCCUGUGAAGAGAGCUAUGCAAAGGGGCCUGCUGCUGGCCAGCGCGGUGGCUCACGCCUGUAAUCCUAGCUCUCUGGGAGGCCGAGGCGGGUGGAUUGCUCAAGGUCAGGAG